AUGAAGUUGUGGGUCGCUAGAGGACUAGAUUGGGUCCCCACUGUGAUCUCGGGGUGGGGUAAGACGAAAUACCUGCAGAUGACCAGCAUUGGCGACCGUGAGAUCAUACUGCCCACCCACACUAUAUUAGGCAUGCGGGUCGAAGGCGAUAUGGUACCGCGAACUCAAGGUUUGGUGACAGUCGGGUCGGGGAAGUACAAGGAAUGGCAAACUCUGGCAUAUGAGGCUACGACGGAUCGAGUGAACGAGCUCCCGAAAGAACCGAUCGGACCAUUGGUAGAUCGUCCUACGUAUGCCGCUCCCAAACGCAUCUUGAAACGUCCGUCUGAUGCGUUACAGAACCUGUCUCCGGCGAUCUCCACGGUAACGCCGCAAGCUAACGAUGACGAUUCGCAAAAGGCAGAUGCUGUAGUUGCGAGGGAAGUAACGGUCAGGGGAGCCGAACUAUCGCGGAUGGAGAACGGUCAUGAGAUCGGUACCCAACAUGCAACGAAGGGAGACCGCGACACCGGUCAAGAAGGGCUACGUGACAGAUCGUCUCUACCGAAGGCUGAGCCGACUGACCGACUGUUGAAAUUGGGCCAGCCGGAAGAGACGAAGGAGCCUAAAGAAGAAAUAAUGCUAAAUACUGAAGACGUCGAGAUUGCAGAAAUACCAGUUUAUCACCACGAGAGCGGAGAUUUGUUUGCGGAAGAUAUCGAGCAGCAUAUGUGUUGA